UAAAGAGAAAUCAACCGAGGUAAGUUCAUAAGGAAAUAACUCAUUAUCAAACUUUUUUAAAGCAAAAUUAUUUAAAUAAUUUAAGAAAAAUAGCCUGACACAAUCCGGAAUAUUGAGAACCUAUUAUUCAUACACACAUUGAUGUAAAAAACCCGUUAAUAUAAACUUAUAAUUAUAAUAAUUAUUGUUAUUAUCAAGAGAAAUCAACCAAAGUAAGUUCAUUUAACUAAAAGACCAUAUUAAUGUUUUUUUAAUGAAAAAUUAUUUAAACGAAUUAACAAAAAUAACCUCACACAAUCCGCCAUAUUGACUAACCCCUUCAUAGACUCAUUAACACCAAAUAUAAACCAAAAUUAUUAACUUUUAAUUGAUAAUAAUUAUUAAUAUUAUAAAGAGAAAUCAAACGAAGUAAGUUCAUUUUAUUAACACGCCACAUUAUUAAUAAUUUUCUAAUUUUUUAAGUAAAAUUGUUUAAAUAAUUCUAGAAAAAUAACCAGACGCAGUAAGGAAGGUUUCAUUUUUUUCCACCUUGCCGCCAUUUUCAUAGAUGGUUUUAUUUGAAAUAAUACAAUUAAAUAUCAUAACCCACUUUUUCUUAUUGACAAAUUCUGUCUGUUAUUCGAUAUAGUUAUGAUUUUUAUUUUUAUGAUCUUUUACAAGUCUACGGAAGGAAUUGACCCGUUCAUUGGAGUAACCUUAUUCGUCGACAUUUCGUCAGGAGGUUUCACAUUCUUAGAUUGGAUCUUUUUUCUGACAAGGUUUCAACAUGAUAUCGACGCUCAAGAGAAGCGCUAUUGGAACAGCCUCGACGACGAUCAGGAUCUCCCGAGCUGUCUCUACGCCGCCCGUCCCGCUCAGGCGAGCUACGUCCACCAGAUACCACAAGACGAUAUGGAAGGAAACGACGUCGGCUAUUUCGCCGGAGGCGGAGGAGGCGGGAUAGGAGGACCUGUGUACAGGGUCCAGAGGCAGGCGGCCAACAUCAGGGAGAGGAAGCGGAUGCUAAGGUCGGAAGGAUGCAGGCCACCCGUGAAAAUCAGUAUAAACUCAGCAUUCGACCAGCUGCGCGGCCACGUGCCGACAUUCCCGUACGAGAAGAGGCUCUCCAAGAUCGACACCCUACGUCUCGCGAUCGCUUACAUCGCCCUACUCCGGGAGGUGCUCGCCGCCGACUGCGACCCUCUUGAGUACGUCGAGAAGGCCCUCGCGAGCGAAAGCUCCCUCGAAAGGGCAGAGUGGAACACGAGCGACCUGACCGCGAGGCUGUCAUGGAUCAACUGGGAGAACCUGGGGGUCAACCCGAACCGAAGGAGUAUCCUCACGUCUCUGGCGCUCACUUGAACACCCCCGACGUAAAUGGAAAAAAACCUGAUAUUUUUCCUAAGGAAAGUAAAGUUACCAUUUGAUUUAAAAUCUACCAUCUGAGUCUAGUCAUCUUUGGUCUUUUUGUUUGUUUUUUGUAAAUAAAUUUUUAUCCUGUGGUCAGUUCAA